CCGGUACGUACCGUACUUGUGUGCAUGCAGUAUAUACGUGCGGUCAUCUGCAGAUCGAACGGCAGUGGCACAUAAAUAAUCCGAUUUGAAAAUUACCGGCAAUAUUCCUGACAAAUUCAGCAAACAUCACAACAUGAUCUGAGGGCUAGCUGCACUAUGCAUUAAGAUAAGACGCUGAAAAUGGCCGACUUUGGUUACGGACGAAGUGGUAGUUCGCUCAGGACUCGAGCUGAGAGACCACUUACGGACUCCAACAAUGUCAGCGUGAAAUACAGCUCCUCCACGCCGGCCGUCCGCGCCGCUAGCCCCGCGGGAAGAGGUCAUUUCGGUUCCGCUGUUGGCGCCAGCUCUCGUGCCAGUAAUGUCAGCAGCGCCGGUAGCGAGUCCAUGCAGGGCCUGAUGAACGAGUUUCGGGAUCUUUACCAGAGUCGUCUGGAAAAACUUGAGGCUGAGGACGAUGGGCAUGAAGACACAACGAAGAAAAAGCUUCGUAUCCUACAGUCCUACAUCAGUGACUUGACAGACCAGAAUGAUGUUCUUCUUAAAACUGUUGAGGAUUUAGAAAGAGAAGCUAACGAGAGAGUAGGCCAACUGGAAGGGCAACUACAACAAACACAGAUGGCAAUCAAGGAAAUCAAUGUCAAGUCCCAGGACAUUGACCAUGAGCUGAGACUAGUUACUAUACAGAAGAAGAAUACUGAACAAACACUCCAUGAUUUACAGCACCGCUUCGAUCGUCAAAGAGAGGAAAAUGAAGCGCUACGAGACGAGAACAGCGAUCUGAACCACGAUCUAACCAUCGCAAUCGGUCUGAUUGGUCACGCGAGGGCGACAGGCAAGUGGGAAUUUGGCAGGCUGGACGCCCUGCGAAUUGUAUCCAGAGACCAAAUCCUGGGCCCCAAGCCCCAAGACAUCCCCACAACGGACUCCAUUCUGCAGAGCCACAUAGAAGACUUGAAGUCACAGCUACGCCAUCGGGAUAACCUCAUCCAGAAACUGCAGAAUGACCUGAGGGGAAGCCGGGACACUCAGAUGAGCUCAGAGGAUGAGAUUGCACGUAGAGGCACAGUGCUGGACUCCACAAAGACGACACUGUCCACGAUUCACGACCGCGAGCAGCAGCGCAUGGUCAGCGAAACCGACAAGGACAUCACGAUCAUGAAACUGAAGUCAACGCUGCGACAGGCCGAGCAGAGUAGGCACGACGCAGUGGAAGAGAUGGCCGGCAAAGAACAGAACAUUGACCAGUUCCGUUCCUUAGUCAACGAGCUGCAAAAUGAGCUGGUGGUACGAGAAUCGGAGAAUGCCAGCCAUAUGCAGACCAUUGCACUCUUGAAGGAAAAACAACGGCAAUCCUUUGAUCAGGUGUCUCAUUCGGAGCAGCGAAUCAAAACCCUGGAGGCAGAGCUGAGGCAGUCACAUGACCAGCGGAGGAAAACCAUAGAUGAGAUUGGUGGUCUUCAGUCGAGACUGAGGGACAAGCAGCUCUCAUCCCAGGACAGCCACCAAGUUUUGAAACAAGAGCUUUCCAGACGAGAUGAGACCAUUCAGCAGCUCAGGAAGGACGUUCUGAGUCUACAGGAACGCCAUGAUAACACGCUGUCAGAGUCGGACACUCGCAAGAGAAGACUGGAAACUUUACAACAACAGGUGGAGAGGCAAACUAAAGAGUUUGAAGCACAGCAACGAAAUAUCAGCAGUCUGCAAGAUCAGAUGGAAAAGAAAGCCACACAGCUCCAAAAGAACGAGGACGAGAUGCGCAACCUGGAGGCGGACUUGGCCGCGGUCAGCCGUCAACUCCAGGGGGCGCUAGAUGAGGCAUCCAUGAAGGAGCGCACCAUCAAGGAGUUACACCGUGACCUGAGUCAGAGCCAGGGCCAGUGCGGCGAGCUGCGGGCCCAGGUCGAGAAACUCAGUAGACAGGUGGCCAUGCUGUCGGUGGCCUCCCAGGACACCCGGAAUGCACUGACUGAAGAGGUUGCCGAGCGACAUGACACCAUCGUCCACCUGAGGACUGACCUACAGCUUCUUGAGGAGCAGCACCAGCAGUGCCUGGUGCAGGUCCAGCACCGGGGAGAGGUCAUGCAACAGCUCAGACAAGACUUGAAGACGGCCACCACUGAGUUGGAACAAGUCCAAGAGCAAGCAGCAAAGACGGAGGAAGAGGCGCGGGAACGGGCCGCAAAACUCCAGGCGGAGCUGACCGUCAAAGUGGGCGCUCUUCAGGCCACCAAGACCGAGCUGACGAGCCUGCAGGAGAAUGUCUCCAAGAGCCAGUCGCAGGUUGAGAAUCGGGAGGAGACCAUCCAGCGUCUUCAGCGCCAGGUCCGGUCUCUGCAGGGGGAAUCGGAGAGGAGGGAGGACUCGGUACAGAAGCUGGAGGCAGAGCAGACCACGUCGAUGGAGGAGAAACGAAAACUUGUAGAUGAGCUGGCAAGGAGAAAGACCUCCCUGUCCCAGAUGGAGUCUGAGCUGAAGAAAACUAAGCAGCAGCUGCAGGAUGUAAUGGAGGAGAACGGCCGUCUGGCUGCUAGAAUCCAAGCAGCACAGAUCACUGCACAGAGUGAGCAGGACGUCAUGUCUAUCGAGGUUUCUCGUCGGGAUGAAGCAAUGCAACGGAUGAAGAAUGAACAGACAGCACUUAGAGAACAAGUCAUCAAGUCAGAGGAGAAAUUAUCCAAACAGGAGAUGGCGUUAGAGCAGUUGAAGCACCAGUUGAAGAAGGCCCAGAAUGAGGUCAAAAGUCGUGAUGAGAGCAUUCAGAACUUGGAACGUGAGAUACGGGAUAUGAAGCAGAUGCACAGUGGAGCUAGAGAUGAGGUUGAGCGUCUGGAGCAAGCGUUGCAGGAACUGAACAGUGAGUUUCAAUCGGCACAGAUAAAGGAAGAGAAUCUUCAACAAAAUGUCAAGAUAAAAGAAGAUGUGAUUUCGGAGCUACAAGCCGACGCUGAAACUCUCCAUCAACAACAUAAAGAGUUUCUUACCAAGAUUGCUGAGAGGGAUGGAGUGCUGCAGAAGCUGAACAACGAGAACGCUAAACUCAAGACUAGGAGUCAAGAAAAAACAACCGAGAUCCAGAGGCAGACCAACAUGAUGAAGCGAUUAGAAGAUUCCAUCACCAAGGCUCAACUGGACAUGGAGGAAAUGAGACGCAAGAACCAAGAAGAGCUUGCACGACGUGAUGAAAGCCUUGCACAGAUGCGGGAGGAACUGAUGGAAUCUCAACAGCAGUACACCACCUGCUGUGAUGAGGUGAUGAAACUCGAGGACCUGCUGGACCGCGUCCGGGCCGAGAACGCCAAACUCCAGAAGCAGAGCGAGCACGACGCGACCGAGCUGCUGAGGCUGGCCGAGCGGUGCCAGCAGCAGGAGCUGGACCUGGCCGUAGUCCAGGAGAAGCACAGGACCUGCCAGCGGGAGGUGGGGGUCCGGGACCAGACCCUGCUCAGGCUGCAGGCUGAGCUGGACACGGCACAGCAGCAGUACCAGGGGUCACUUGAGGAGUUAGCAGCUCAUGAGGAGGACCUACAGGAAGCCAGGUCAAAGGUCAAGAGUCUCCAGGGAGAAGUUCGCGACCUUAGAGAUGACUUGGCUCAAAGAGAAAGAAAGGUGGCUUCAGACGAGAAAUUUAUUCAGCAACUCCAGGAGCAAUGCCAAGUCUCUAGAAUGGAGAGCCAGACCCACCUAACCGAGGUAAGCCAGCAACAGACCUCCCUCCAAGCGGCCAAACAACUCCACACGGAGGAUGUACGCAGCUUCACCGCCCAGGUAAAUGACCUCAAACACCAACUGGAAGAAGUCCGCGCCUCGCUGGACCAGAGCGAACUGCAAGGCCUGCAGUACAAGAGCACAAUGGACGGCCUGAGGACAGAUCUGGAGAAGACACAACAGCUGCAUAAGAGUGCCAUGGACAGGAUUGCACAAACCAACCGAUCCCUGGAGCAACAGGAAGAGUUGUACUCCCGCGCCAAACAAGAAAUCGCCUCGCUGCAGGACCAACAACAACGCGGUCAGUACAUGACCCAGGAGGUCAGCGCCGAGCUGGCCAGCUACAAGGACCGUCACACCCAGAGCGUGGAGCAGCUACAGAGAGCCGAGGCCAGCUCCACGACGACCAUCCGUGGGCUGGAGAAGCAGAUCUCAGAAUGCCAGAACAAGAUCAAAGACAAAGACGAUACGGCCGACAAGCUCCGUCGCUCCCUGACCAACCUGGAGCUGCAACUGAACGACAAGACGGACCACGCCGAGAAGGCAGAGAGGGUGAUAGACACCCUGACGAAGGAGCUGGACAAGACCCAGGGGGAGCUGAGAGCCACCAAGGAGAAACUGGAGAACAGCCAGGAUAACAUUGCGAACCUGACGCAGAAGUUGCUGGAAAAACAACAGCAGUCGGCCGAGUAUCAGGAGCAAGCAUGCAAGCUACAGGCGGAUCUGAAAUCCUAUCGAGAGGAACACAGACACACUGCACAGGAGGUGAACGAGAGAGACGAGAACAUCCAACAGCUCCAGCUGAACCUGCGCCAGCUGGAGAGCGCCCUCGCUGGCAAGGAGCGGGACACGGCUGACCUGCGCAGCCGGCUGGAGGAGGUGACCUUUGACCUGGAGGACGCCAAGCGACGUCUGGAGGAUGCGGGGAGGGAGAUCCGCGAGCUGGAGGAGGUCGUGAAGCAGCAGCGGCUGAACAUGGCAUCGGACAGCCAGAAACACAAGACAGAGGUGCUGAAGUUUGAGGAUCAGAUCAAGCAGCUAGAGUCCAGCCUGUCGGAGGCCAAGAAAGCCCUCAAGACCCUCAGCCAAGAGAUUGAGAGGAAGAAGGAGAGCCUGCAGAAGAAAGACAGCGAGAUAUCCGUCUCCAAGGAUAACGUCAAGAUCAAAGUAGAUGAGAACCAGAGGUUGGAAACCACAGUCCGCAGCCUGAACGACGAGAUCCAACAGCUGCAGACCAAGGAGCGACAGACGCAGAGCGACAACGCCAAGCUCCAGGGGGAGGGCAGGCAGCUGAAGGAAGACCUGGCUGAGGCCAGGCAGCAGUACCGUGAUGCUGCUCAAGAACUGGCCCACCAUGAAGAGAAGCUGAACCUGAUGGAGAACAGUCUCCAGUCGACGCAGGAGCAGCUCAGCAAUCGGGUCACCGAGGUGGUCCGCCACGAGCAGCUGAACCGACGACUCCAGACUGAGCUACGAGCCGCGAGGGACCAACUCCAACUCCUGGAAGAAGAAGCCGAAGAACAGCAAGCCAUAAUGGAGGGGUUCCAGAGGGAGUUGGAAGGAUCGAGGGAAGAGCUGGAACGAGCUAAGAAAGAGUUGGACAGAUGGAAGGGGGAGGCGGGGAAACUAGAAGGGAAAGCAAGGGAGGGGGAGGAACGAUUGGCGGCACUGCACGAACAGCUGUCAGAGCAAGGCAAUGAAUUACAGGAACAGAGGGAGGAGUUACAAGCGGAGAGACAGCGGUACAAUGACGCCAGCCGGCAGCUUCAGGAUUACAAAAUCCGUCAGGGGGAGUUGGAGGAUGAGAUCGGAAGCUGUCGCGCCCAGAUCAAAGACAAAGAUGCACAGAUUUUCGAGAAGGAGAACACGAUGGCCACACUAGAGCAAGAGCACACCUCCCUGCAGUCCAAGCUGCGAUCGCUGAGGGAGGACCUGACAGAACGCGAGGGGCAGCUGCACGUGGUCCGCAUGAACCUGGAGACGUCGGAGACGCAGAACCGCCGUCACGCUCAGUCCGUCUCGCGCUACGAGGAAUCGCUGUCGCAGCUGCAGGCCGAUCUGGAGCGGAGCCAGGAAGAGUACAGGAGUGCUCACGCGGAGUUGGUUGAGAGCCAGCAGCAGAUCCGUGACAUGAGGGUCCAGCUGAGCGAGGUCCAAGGCCAGCACAAGGAAGCCAUGAGCCAGCUAGGAGAGCGAGCUACCCUGGCGGCUAAGCUGCAGAGUGAACUCUCAAGGGCUGACAAGCAGAAUCAAGCACUGUCAGAAGAGGUGGGCAUCUACGAAGAGAAGAUGCGCAAGCUGCGCACGGAGCUGAAGAAGGUCCAGGACCUCAACCGGCAGAGCGAGGUGGAGGUGCGGAACUACGAGACCCACGUCCAGGAGCUGACAGACAAGCUGGCCCACGCUAACGAGAAGCACCGGCUGAGCGUCCAGGAGGUGGCCAUGAGGGAGGAACAGAUCGUGGUCUUGAAGGUGGAGGUGGCCUCUCUGCAAGAGAGGAUCAGGCACCGCAUGGAAGAGAGUGACAAACUGGUGAAGGAGGUGAAUGAGGCCUCGCAGAAGCACAUAGACAGCUGUAAGGAGAAUGAUCGCCUCAGGACAUCGUUGGAGGAAGCCAGAGCUAACGGAGACAGGCUGCACAGCGAGAGUGAACUGGUCGUCUCAAAUGUCAACUCAUGGGUCCAAAGCCAAAAAGAGGCCAACGAAAAACUAGGAGCCAAGAUCAAAGAGCAGAGCCAGACGAUCAGAACGCUGAACAAGGAAAAAGAUCAGCUCCUGGAGAGCGGGGAGGUCCUCCAACAGUCGGUCAGUCGUCUCAAGCUGGAGAACGAGGAUCUGCAAGUGGCUGCCGAGCGCUUCAAGGCUCUGCAGAGCCACUCCUCACACCAACAGAUGCUGCUGCAACAACUCAAGAGCAGGCUUGAAGAACACGAAACCGACCAGGAGCAGGAGAUCUCGGAGAAGCUAGGGACCAUCGAGGACCUCCACGCCCGCCUCAGGGCCAACGUGAGCACCAUCCAGCAGCUCAACGAGCAGCUGCACUCCCUCAAGCAGGAGACGGUCCGCCAACGCUCAGACAUUGAGAAAGAGAGAGCGGCCAGACAGAACCUGCAGAUGCAGCUGGAGAGCAGGGAACAGGCUCUCAACAGCCUCAAAGCUCAAAUGGAGUCAGAGAGAUAUCACCGGUCUGUGAAUGGCACCACGCCUCGUCGUGGUGGGGAAAGCUACACAAACGGUUCAGCACCAGACUCGGCCUAUGCCUCGUCGUUGGGGAGGGGAUCGCAGCGACAAAACAAGGACAAGAUGCAGUCAGCCAUCAACAGCGCCCUCAAGGACGCGGGUGUGAGCGACCCGAACACGCUGGACAAGUCGUACUGGAUCCAACGCGUCGGGGAGCUCUCGCUACAGCUGCAGCAGAGCAGCGAGUUCUGGUCGGACAAAGUGCGGGAUCUGUCGGCCCAGUUGGGGCGUUCACGAAGUCCCUCGCCUCAUAAAUGAUGGACACGUUCUUUUAUUGGCGAUUGACUACUUGAGGAACAAGAAGGGCCAAACUUCAACAUAUUGGCCAAUUUUGCGUGCAGAAAAGUGUAUAAAAGAAAGGCCCAAAUACACGGUCCAAAAUGUUCUGUUCUUGAACGACAUAUUGGGGGCUGGGCAUAGAACUGUAUUUAUUACUAGACAGCAAACGUACACAAUGUAGCCAUCUGAACGCAUCCAUGUUUGUGCAUAACUUGUAGAAAGCAAAAUAAAAUUGUACAGCUUUACGCAUAUCUGUGUUUGUAUUUAAGCCUAUAUUAUAAACAUAUGUUCAAAACAAAACAAAUAACCAGCAAAUAAGCAGUCUAUUUUGUUCUACACUAACAAUGCACACAACUGCACGUGUGCUACCGAUGAAUCGUAUGUUUUACCAAUGAAUUCUGUAUUACAAAUGGACAACCAUGCCUGUUCAGCCCUUAUGGUUUUCUGUUCUGCAUUCAGAGCUCACCAGGCACACUUCCAUUCCAUCUAAUUUCAAUCUUUUCUAUAAGUCCACAUACAUGAAUUCAAAAUGUCUGCGCUCCAAAUGCUUAAUAAAAGUAUUCUGCACAUGCAAAGGACGAGUCCAUAAUUUAUUAUAGCUCUAAGGAGUGGUGACACUUUAAAACAAUUCCUAUAUCAUGGAAGUUCCAUGCACUGACACAUUACAUUCCUUAAAUAGUUCAAUAUUAGUGUGCCUUCGUUUCUUAGACUGUACUGUAGCAGUUGUAGAAGUUGUAAAUAUUGGAGUUUAUAUUUAUGAAAUGUAUAGAGUGUAUGAAUAGUGCUCUUUUUUACUUUUACAUGAGGUUCUUGUUUCGAUCUGUAUUUUUAAACGGUACCAUACAGAUACAUUGAAUACACAGUUUAGAAUUUUAUAUUUGGUCUUUUUAACUUCAAAAAUAAAGUUCGAAAAUGAACCAAUGUUUACACCAUCUUUCCACAUUUGGAGGUAGUUUGCCAUUUUCCACCCAAAGUAGUUUCUUCUAGUUGAAAAGACUUAUCCCUAUCCAAAUGAAGUACAUUUUUAAAAAGAUGAUAUAACAUGAAAUGGGUUAAGCUCUUUAUAUAAAUUUUUACAAAUUUUUUUAACAUUUAUGCAAUUGCCAAAUUUU